GGACCGUCCCUUUGGUAGGUCUGAGUCAGAGACCACAAAGGGGGGGGGGGAGCACCAGAGCACCCACCUCUCCUAGCCAGGGAAACUAGAAGUGGAGCUGGGAAGAAGGAGGUGAAAAGGAUGGGCAGCAAGGAAGAUGUGGGGAAGGGAUGUCCGGCUGCCAGUGGCGUCUCCAGCUUCACCAUCCAGUCCAUCCUGGGCGGGGGCCCCUCCGAGGCACCGCGGGAGCCCGCCGGGUGGCCAGCCAGGAAACGCAGCUUGUCUGUGUCCUCGGAGGAGGAGGAGCCGGAGGAAGGCUGGAAAGCUCCCGCUUGCUUCUGCCCAGAUCCGCACGGCCCCAAGGAGCCAAGCCCUAAGCACCAUCCCCCCAUCCCUUUCCCUUGCCUGGGUACCCCCAAGGGCAGCGGAGGCGCAGGGCCUACGGGCUCGGAACGCGCGCCGUUCCUUUCUCCUUCUCACCCGGACUUUAAGGAAGAGAAGGAGAGGCUCUUGCCGCCCGGUUCGCCUUCUCCUGGCCCGGAAAGGCCGCGGGACGGCGGUGCUGAGCGGCAGACCGCAGCGGCCAAGAAGAAGACGCGCACAGUCUUCUCCCGCAGCCAGGUAUACCAGCUCGAGUCCACCUUCGACAUGAAACGCUACCUGAGCAGCUCCGAGCGCGCCUGCCUAGCCUCCAGCCUGCAGCUCACCGAGACCCAGGUUAAGACUUGGUUCCAGAACCGCCGCAACAAGUGGAAGCGGCAGCUCUCCGCCGAGCUGGAGGCGGCUAACAUGGCACACGCGUCGGCGCAGACUCUCGUGGGCAUGCCGCUGGUGUUUCGGGACAGUUCACUGCUGCGAGUGCCGGUGCCGCGCUCGCUCGCCUUCCCGGCUCCGCUCUACUACCCUAGCAGCAAUCUCUCCGCCUUACCGCUCUACAACCUGUACAACAAGCUUGACUACUGAUACGCCCGGGGUGCCCCUGGCUGGCUGCAGGUUCCAGCAUAGCUGGGCGCGGGCAGCAUCCUUCCCAGGGUUCCAAAGCAGAGCAGCCCGUGUCCAGAAAUAUUAAGAAAUACACCAUGUGUAUUCGUUAUGUCUUAUU